AUGGCUUUGGCCGUGGCUGCAACACGGGAGCGAACGAAGCCACUGCCUGAGGAGGACGGGCACCGCGGCAGCGGCCGCACUCUGGCGGGCCAGGUGCUGUACCUGCGGGUGGCCGGGCUGUGGACCCACGCGCGGCCGGCGCUGCACCUGCUGCACGCGGCGCUGCUGCAGCUGGGCGCCGCCGCCUACGUGGCCGUCGGUCUGGUCAGCGUCCACACCGCCAGGGGGGACGUGGACGACAUGUCGCACACGCUGAUGCACAUACUCGAGAUCGUCGCUGGGACAGUCAAGGCGGGCCUCUUCUUCGGCAACAGGCAGUCCUUUUACCAGCUGGUGCGAGAUCUGGAUCUGAUGGUGUCCGAGGACUGGGACCGCCCCGAGCUGGCGUCUGCACGCCGCUGGGCCCGCCGGAUGACUGUGUCGCUGACUGCCUACAUCUACGCCCUCAUCCUGCUGUGGCUGCCGGCGCCGCUCCUGGCCGGCGGCGACCAGAAGCUGCUGCCGGUGGUGCAGAUCGAGGGAGUGGACUGGUCGCUGUGGCCCGGCACGUACGCCGCUCUCUACACUCUGCAGUGUGCUGUACUCCUCACUCAGGUCCCCAUCGUCGUCGGCCUGGACUGCUUCUUCGUGGCGGCCAUGCUGCACGUGGCAGCCCUGCUGCAGCUGCUGGGGCAGCGCAUCUCUGGACUGCGGCUCUCUGGUGAUGGCGCUGUGGACCUGGCUGGCGAUGUGGGUCUCAAGAGGCAGCAGAUUGAGGACGCGCUCACGGCCCUGCAGUACGCCAUGACUAUGCCCUUCCACAGCAUCCAGAUCUACUUCUACUGCUGGACGGCUGACGUCAUCACGCAGCAGGGCGAGGCACUGUCUUUGGCGGCGUACAGCAGCCACUGGGUGGGCGCCGGUGCCGGCUUCCAGAGGGCGCUGUCCAUUGUGAUGGCGCGAGCCCAAAAACCACUGCUCAUCACAGCGGGACACCUCUACCCGGUCAACACGGCAGCCUUCGUUGCGCUGAUGAAGGCGUCCUACUCGUACUACACUCUGCUGAGACAACUGGACAGCAGCUGA